UACGUGGUGUAAAUAUGGUUUUAUGGUUUGUGCUGUUUUCCAGAAGUCUGCGAAAUGAUUUCAGCUGUUAGGAGAUCUUUCGGUUGCAAACAAUUUCUUAAGCUUAGGGUAUGUUCUUUUUGUUCAGCUGCUAGUAAAGAUGUGCAUGAUUUGUAUGAUGUUACAAUUGUCGGCGGUGGAAUGGUCGGGGCAAGCUUGGCCUGUGCUCUGGGCCUUGAAAGAACUUUGGAUGACCACAAGAUUCUGUUAUUGGAAGCAGCUCCGGACAAACCACAAAAUAUCACUUCUGCCUACAGUAACCGAGUAAGCAACAUCACACCAGGAUCCAAAAAGCUUUUAGAAAGUAUUGGUGCAUGGGACCAUAUUUGUAACAUGAGAUAUAAGCCAUUUAGAAGAAUGAAUAUCUGGGAUGCUUGUAGUGAUGCACACAUUUCCUUUGAUCCAAGCUUUGUUGAGUCAGACAGCUCCAAAGACAUGGGGUAUAUUAUAGAGAAUUCUGUCACCCUUGAAGCUCUUCGAAAACAGCUCAAAAUGCUUCAAUCUCGAGUUAAAGUUCUUUAUGGAACGAAGCUGAAGAUUUUAACUCUUCCUGACUUAACAAGAGAUAUGGUAUGUUUUAUUUACAAAUCUAACAGGUCUCUUUUUAGAACGAAGUCCAGAGGACAGAGUACUAUUAGAGAUUAGAACACUGGAAAGGUACUUCAAGUAAGCAAAAUGCUAGUUCCUGAUCAAGAACAUGCACUUCAGAUGUUAAUAUUCUUGUAAGUUGGACACAUUAUGAUGACAUGGGACUGUAAUUAACUUUGUGUACAGGUGAGUGGGGGAGCAUCUGAAUUCCCUCGCAGGGUAAAAAAAAAUCGCAGAAGGAUGAAAAGCUGGCAGGACAAGCCUAAAAAAAAAA